AUGCCAUCGCCGCCACCGCCGCCUGAUCUGGACGCGGCGGGGCGGCAGCAGCAGCAGAAGCUGAGGCUGGAGCACCACGGAUGCCAGAGGCGCUUCAAGAGCGCGCUGCUGCACGGAACCGGCGCUGUAACGAGUGGGCUUAUACCGAAAAACGGAUUCGCGGGUGGUGGUGGUGGUGCUGGUGCUGGUGGUGGUGGUGGUGGUGGCGCUGGUGGUGGUGGUGGUGGUGGCGCUGGUGGUGGUGGUGGUGGUGGGAGUGGUUAUGUGGGGAAUGGGGAGAGCGAUGCGAUCGCAAUUGUGCUGCAGUUGCUCGUUGAACCUCUCAAGAACAUUCAAAGCCCCAUCAUUCUGCCCCGCUCUUCCCCCCCUGACCCCUUCCCCCAUCCCACACCCCUUCUUUUCCCCAAGGACGAUCUCAUUCGCUCUCUCUUCCGCAGCGGCUUCCCCGACGUCCUCCUCUUCCUCAUAUCCUGCCUCGACGACCCCGAAACCGCCCCAGCGCUUCGCCACGACAAUCUCUUAUUCCUAGAGAUACUUAAUCUCCUAUUCCGCGAAUUACCUCCUAAGGACGCGGCUGUAGCGGCGUUCCGGGCUGCUGGGGAGGCAGAUGCCGAGGCUGACGCGCGGGAGGACCGGGAGGCUGCCGAACGUCUGGCGGAGGCUCGGCAGCGUGAGAAGGAGCGGGCGGCGCGGAAGGCGCUGGCUCAGAAGAUCACGCAGCGGCACUCUCGGUUCGGCGGGCUCUAUGUGGUUCGAAACGCGGUGAGUUGGCUGGUUCGGAAUAGGGUGAAGGGUUGGUUCGGUCGGAUGUGCUCGGUGGUUCGUGACUUGGCCCAUCCACUGCACCGCAUCUCACCCCUUCCGAUUCAAACCUUCUCUGUCAUUCCCUGA